UACACGAGUGGCAUUGUGAAUGGCAUGCAGUUGCAGACUUCAGUCAUCAGGUGUUUACAGUUUACUGUUGGGACUUGGGAGUAUUUUUACUCUUGUUCUUCACGUUCACUGUGAAUUAUUUUCAAAUUUGUAUUUAGAUUAUCGUGUAACUGCAUUUUAUGUGUAUCAAAAUAUCACUCAAUCAAUAUCACUUAAUAGUUGAAAAAUAAAUACAAAGAUAUGUUUAUGUUUCUAAUACAAAAAUUUUGAAAAACCGGCAGUGCUUUUAUUUAUGUUUUAUUGUUGUGCUUGGCCAGAACUUACCCAUAAGGCAAUAAUGUGGUUUUAAAAGUUGUUUGUCUACUCGUGCGGUGAUCGAAACUAAUGGAUAUUUACUAAUAGCUGUGUAGGGCACAUUGGUGCGGAGCUGCAAGAUGAUGGUGGAGACAAUCUUGGAGUGCUCACAGGACUUUGGCAUGUCGACCGGUACCCUGCCCCAGUGGAAGCGGGAGCUGCUGCAGCGACGAGCGGCGCGGGCCCGGCCGCCGCCCGCCGCCCCCGCGCCGCCCCCGCCGCCGCCGCCCCCCGCGCAGCCCGCGCCCGACGACGACGAGGAGCUGCGCUACGGACCCGGCAUCGUCAAGCGGCUCAAGUCGCGCUACCUCAGCUUGGCGCUGCGCGAGGCGCCCCGCCGCCGGCCCUCCGUGCUGCGCCGCGCCGCCUCGCUCGAGCACCUGCUGGACGAGCGGCCGCCGCCCGCGCCGCGCCAGCCCGCGCGCCCCGCCCGCCCCGCCUCGCUCGCCGACCCGCCGCGCGCCGCGUCCGUGUCGGCCCCGCGCCGCGACCUGGUCAAGCGCGCGCGCUCCGUGGACGCGCUGAGCCGGCUGGACACCCGCGAUGACCGCGAGCCGCCGCCGCCCCUGCCCCCGCAGCCCCCGCCGCCGCCUCCGUCUCCGCCCCCCGCGCUGCCUAAGACGGCGCGCCCGCCCCGCAGGCCCGCGCCGCUCUUGCGUGACGCAGAGCGCCCUCCGCCGGACGUGGUUCGCUCCACCCUUCGCAAAUUCGAGUGUGCAGCGCCCCGCAAGCCGGCCCCCGCGGCCCGCGUGUCGGGCGUGCUGCGCUGCCUGGAGGGCCUGCCCCGCAGCUCCACGCCGGAGCCCAGCCGGCGCUCGCCCAGCCCGGCGGCGGCCGACCUGUCCGCCAUCGCCGAGUGGGAGGCCGCGCCGCCCGCCGCCGACGCGAAGCAGGUGUCGCGGGCCGCGCUGGAGGGCAUCGCGCGCGCCGGUUCUUCAGUGCGGUACUCGUUCGAAGAUCCGAAGCGGGGCUCUCACCUUCCCCCGGUGUCCGCCACGAAUCCGGUGCUGCUGAACCGAGUCCGUCUCUCUUCUCCGCGACGAAUAGGAGUCAUCAAACCGAUGCCGGCGAUCUCGACCGACUCCCGACGUUCCAAUUCCCCGCCGACGACAGGCGACACCCUCCAGGAGACACGACUACCGGAAAGUCCGCCGGCCGAACCGCCCGAGAGCACGCCGCCGCCGCGCCCCGAGCGAAGGGAGCCGCCGCCUGCCGCGCUGGUGGAGCCCCUACCGCGGCCGACGCCCGAACCCCACACCGAGACCGUCUUGAAUGAUUCCGAAUCAAGUGUGUCGGUGUCUCGGGAACCGACGCCAGAGGCGGAUCUAAAACCGGAGGCCCGCGUCGAUGAAAGUCCAAAGCAAAAGCAUUUAACGAACGGCUACGGCACCGCGGAAAAGAUAGAGCCCAAGUUACGGGUCGUGUCGCGUAUCGGGGCCGCGAGCAUCGAGCGCGCGUGGACCGGCGCACCGGACCGCAAGUGUGUGACAAGUGACAAAGAUGACAAGAGUGAGAGAGGUGACCCGGGUGUGGUGCGAGCGCGCGGGCUGCGGCCGGCCGAGCGCGCCGCCACCUCGGUCGUGUUCAACUUCUCGAACCGCAAGGAGGUGCCCGACUACAUCGAGAACGAUGGCAUCAUCCUGCGCGCCAGCCGAAGGAACAGGUUUAAGGCGGGUGAACCAGGCGUGGUGCUGCUACCGGGCGCUCGUCCCCCGCCCCCCGAGGACGACGACGACGAAGGGGAUGGCGGCGAGGAGGGGGAGGGGCGGCCGCCGUCGCCGUGCCGCGUGCGCUUCCUCAACGACAACGUGUUGAUCAAUGGACGCUCAUGUUUGGCGCCGAGCCAGGUCACGCCGCACCGCCGCGACCGCGUCGCCACGCUGAAGCUGCAGUUCGAUGACUCGCUGACGCGCACCUUCGAGUAUCCCUCGGAGACGUCGCUGUGCGAGGACACACCCUCGGCUGCGCCCGCGCCGGCCGCUAGCCUGGCCACGCUCGCCGACAACACACACCUGAAUGGCGCGGGAGGCGGGCUGGGACACUACACGCCCAGUAAGACGCUCGCGGAACACUUUGAGCUGGGCGUGGCGCCCGCGGCCCUCGACCACGUCCCGGACGACCUCGCAGACAAACCACCAGAGGAGGCGGGGCCUGGGGCGGAAGGCGGUGACGUAAGGCCGUGCGCCGCCGAGAGCGCUCGCUCGUGGAGCGAAUCGCGCAGCCAAACUACCGACCUGCUGUUCUGAGCGACAACUACCGUGUGCAGUGUGGGUGACGAUAUACGAGGUGUUGAGAACUAUUGUGUCGAACAUGGCGGUGAGGUGCGACGAUUGCCCGCACUGCGUGCGAAGUGCGUGCGGGCGUGCGGGCUGUCGGACACACUUAUCUAUUUAAAUUUAAAAAAAAUAUGUUGCUCUAUAAUUUCUUAUAUUUGAAUGAUUGAAUUGAUAAUAUUAUGUAUUUUCUGGUAGUUGUAAUGGAACUGUGUUUCGAUAAUUUUAGACGAUGAUUGUAUAUGCGAUAGUGAUUGUAAUUUAAUUCUUUAUAUUAUUAAUAAUUAUUGACCAUAGAACGUAUUGCUCAAUUAUUAUUGUGUGUAGAAGUAAUGUAGGUAGUCGGUGUGAGAUAGCGGACUGUCGCUGGCACAUUGUACGUACUUAGCUGUAGAGUAGCGCGAGCUGGACUGAUUAGAAAUAUCAUUAUUAUAUCUACGAUGCAUUUUAUCUGCUGCUGUCGCCACACAAACACAUGCAAAUUCAAAUAUUUUUAUUCAAAACAUGUGACAUCACUUAUUGAAAGUCAAAAACUACCAGCCAUUCCAAAAAGAAUGCCUCAGACCUGAGAAGAAUGGGCGCAAACUCAGCAGGCUUUUUUUUCAUCAAAAAUUAUGUUUACAACAUCAUAUUGUACAAUUAAAUUUAUUAUUUAAAGCCUGAGGGCAGUCGCUCCAUCCCCAAUCUGUGGUAUCAUUAAGAAAGUCAUUUAUGUUAUAGUAACCUUUACCACACAAACUUUUUUUAACAAUUCUUUUGAAUGUCGUAAUACUUUUGUUUUGAGCAUUUUCUGGGAUCUUUUUGUAGAAGCAUAUACAUCGCCCGACAAAAGACUUACUAAAUCAACUUAGCCGAGUAGUAGACAUAACAAGUUUAUGUUUGUUAAUUACACGUGUCAAGAUUGCUUAUUUAUUUGGUAGCCAGUGGGAAUUUCCAUUUGUAUGACUUAAAUAUUUCUUAUUUAGGUAGACAAAUCACGUAACCGUUUCUAUUUGUGUGUGUUUGGGCGUGCGUACAGAAGGCAGACGGCGUCGCCCCGGGGUAUGGGGCGGGGGGGAUUUGCCCCCAAAUUAUUGUGAUUAAUUCCUAUAACGUCAUUCCAUAUUGCUUAAUUGUAUUUUUAAUAACGAUUUUAUAAGAUUUUUUACAAAUUGAUGUAUUUAACUGAGCAUUUAAUCGAUCGCUUUACAUGUAUUGGAGACACUGACCUCUACUAUAUACCACUGGACUGGCGGCUGUCAAAACGCUUUUGUGCCUGAUUGAUGUCUGCCAUUUUGGCGCUGUUGGCCAUGUAUCGUGAGUCUGCGGUACUAAAACUAGUGAUGACAACCUCAGCAAACAUCGAUAGAUGGUGGGAAACUAUUUACAAAAAAAAAUGUCUACUUUAUUACGUUGAUUCUUGAGAUAUAAAUAACACGGAAAACGAACGAAAUUAAGUCAAAAUGCAGAUACACUUUAAAGUAUUGUAAGUUCCUUUGCAGCCAUUUGCAUUAUUUAAUUUGUUUAUUAAUUAGUUCUCUGGACGCUCGCGAGUGGCGCUUCAAAUAGGCGCAAAAAAUUUGCUACCAAACAUAUGGAACAGCCUGUCCAGUUGUAUUUAUACAGAUCAGUGAUUGGAGAGUGUACAAAGAGGCGGGGAGAGGUGGCACGUGACAUUUGACGUGUAGGUACUUUACAUUAUUCGGCUUGGAGGCGAAUUCAAACGGUGCAAGUGGCGCCUUAUUAUUUAGUAGUUAUAAUUGCUUUAAUAUUAUGUAAGUCAGUGUUUUAAACGCUUCUUUGUAAUGAUCGUGCGUGAGAGAGGGGGGUGGGGGGAGGUCGGACGCAUUGACCGUUCCCUACACGUCAUACAAAUUGAUUUUUGUGCCUGUUGUAAAACAGUCAUAAACAAUGUGAAAUAGGUUUAACAAAAAGAUAGGAGAGAGUGGGUCCUCCCGGCCACCCUGCGCGGGAGGUGGGCAUGAUGCAGAGGAGUAGGUUGGUGAGAGAAGGUCGACCUACGUGCCUUUUGUUUUGUUCUGAUUCUUUACGAGUGUCAUAUUAUUAUUGUUUACGUGGGUCGGUGCGACCGCUUCGACAAAUGCGACAAAUCCGUCAGUAUUUAAUUGUUAAUGUGUACUGAUGCUGGACGCAAUAAAAUAUAUUAUGCGAA